AUGGGCGCGCUGGUGUCGCGGGCGCCCCCCGCGAGGAGGGAGUGCAUCGACCGCACCAACGACUGCUUCCGCGCGCUGCUGUCCGAGCGGAGGGGCCCGUACUACGAGGACGAGCAGGUGGCCAUGCACAUGUCGCUCACCUCGAGCAACAGCGGCUCCCGCCCCUGCCUCGACUUCGACGUGGCCGUGGCGAACCGGGGCGUGCGCCCGAUCCACGAGGUGCGGCUUGUCCCGGGGGAGCCCGUGGCCUUCUGCGAGCUGCGGGUGCAGCAGGACCCGCAGGCGCAGCCGGGCGGCCGCGUGGCCCCCCGGCAGAGGGCCACCUUCCACGGCCAGCUGGCCGCCCUGGGCCCCUUCGAGGCCGCGCCUCAGGUGAUCCUGUCCUACUUCUUGCCGGACGACUCCGAGUGCCGGGUGAGGCUGCGGCUGCCGCUGGCGAUCAGCCAGCUCAUGUCGCCCAGCAAGGUCGAGGCCCGCGAGGCCGUCGACCUGUGGGGUUCCGAGGACUUCGUGCGCGGCGAGGUCGCCGCCGCGUGCGCGGUGCGCGGCACGCUGCUGAGCUCCGGGGCCCCGUUCUCGGUGUGGCGCGCCCUGGAGCUGGGCGGUGCACUCGCCAGCGUGCCCGGCGCGACCGAGAGCCCGCGGGGGAUCCUGCUGGUGUCCUCGUACCCCCAGAAGGGGCAGCGGGUCCCGGCGCUGAUCCUCGCGCGCGUGGAGCUCGGUGGGCCUGGCGGCCUCAGGGCGGGCCCCCCUGCCGACGCGAAGGCCUGCAGGGUCUGCGUGCGGUCCGCCUCGCACCUCGUGAACCGUGCGCUGACGCAGGCGCUGCUGGACGUGCUCUGCGAGGUGGCCGAUCCGGUGUUAAUGCCGUGAGCGCCCCGGGCGGCCCGAAAGCCUGCUGCUGCUCCUGAUCCUCCCCCUUUCUCCCUCCGCCUCCUUUCGGCUGGCGUGCGUUCCUCCGCUUCUGCCUCUGUCUGCUCCCCCGCUUCACGGGCCCUUCCGUUCGGGCGACCUAUAGGCGCUGUGUGAGGCUCUAGGUCGGGGCAUCUCCCCACUCGAUCCACGCGGCCGCGCACAGGGAGCGUCAAAAGGCUCAGCCCGCCAGGAGGGUCCAGGGCUGUGGACGUGCGAGGGUCGGGAGUGGCCCGUGGGUCGCACGGCACGAGCGCGCCGCGCAGGGUUUUCCGCAGCCUGUCCCAGCCCUCGACACGAUGUUCUAGC